CUGUGACACAGUGUCAUCGCAAUUUGUGCCUCGUCGCAUCGCUGCAAGCUGCAUCAAAAAGUCAUUGAGCAGCUUAAUCUGGCGACCAUCACUGAUCGACUCGGAUAAAACGAGCAGCAACGCCCGUAACUAAGGCAAAGCCAUGUCACGCAGCAUUGCUCUCAUCCUUGCCCUUGCCACUGGCGCGGCAGCGCUGCGGCCGCAGUGCCGCACCAGCCUCGCGCCGCGCCGCGAUUUCUUGGGCGCCGCCGCCGCAGCGGCAACAACUCUGCUGCCGCAAGCGGCGCACGCGACGGGCAAGGCGACGCAGAAGACGCUGUUCCUGCGCUACGAGAAGCGGAUCGCAGGGCUCGGCAGCUAUUUCGAUGAACUUGAGUCAGCUAUUUCCAACGCCGACUGGGCGGCCGUCGCGACCGCGUGCGAGGCCGACACAUCAAAAAAGGGCAAGAUCGGGCCGGUCUACUCGGGGCUGACCGCGAUGGAGCUCUGGGCGAACACGUACUCCGACCGCAAACAGUCGGUGAAGACUCAACGGAUGCUCGCGGAGGCCGAGAUCGUCGAGAAGACCCGCGAGUACGUCGCGGGCGUCGCGUGCAAGGGGACGGGUGAGUGCCUCAAGGCCGAGGGCGGCUUCUUCGGCCUCGGCGCGAAACCGGCGCCGAAGCCCUCGGAUGGUGAACUGAAAUCGGCCGCGCUCGGCGCGGUGAAACAGGCCCGCGGCGCGUUCAACCGCUUCGUCGCCCUGAACAACGAGGCGCUGCCCUUGGACAUCAACGGGCUCGUGGCGAUCGCGGAGUAGACCUAGUGUGCUGUAAAAUGGUUCUACUUCUG